AUGGCAGAUACCCCCCAGACAGACCACCAAGACCAGAAAGCCCUCACAUCAUCGUCAAACACACCUCAUACUGGGACUCCUCUAGGUCCACCCACCACAAACCCUCGUCCAUCUCAAAAAGUGACAGAAGCUGUUCGCACAUAUCGCCCAUCCAAGAGAUUCAAGCUUUCAAAACACGAAAAUUCUCACAUUACGUCCCUCGAUUUCGACGACAAGGGCGAGUUUGUUGUGGCAGCCUGCGAAGAUGAAACGAUUCAAGUCUACGAUGUAAUUGAGGGCAAGAAUACGAAGAUCGUUCCCAGCAAGAAAUACGGUGCUCAUCUGGCCCGUUUUACCCACCACCAACGCCAGGUGCUUCAUGCCAGCACCAAAGUCGAUGAUUCCCUUCGUCUACUAGACUUGCACCAGGAAAGCUAUCUUCGAUAUUUCACCGGUCAUACAGAUAAAGUCACGUGCCUGGAACUCUCGCCUGCGAACGACGCAUUUAUUUCAUGCUCCAAAGACAAUACUAUCGCUCUCUGGGAUCUCAAAUCUCGGAACAUGCAAGGCAAAUUAGAGCUUGCAACUCCAUACCUCGUCGCCUUUGAUCCUUCAGCGUCCGUCAUUGCCCUUGCAUCUCAGUCAACAUCUUCGGUGCUACUUUACGAUUUCCGUAACUACGAUAAAGCACCGUUUGCUACAUUUGACCUCGCGCCUCUGGAAGAACGGUACACCCCGACUACUCGCGGAAGACUGUGGUCACGACUGGAAUUCUCUAAUGAUGGUAAAAACCUUCUCGUCGGCACAGAUUACCAUGGCCACUUUGUGCUGGAUGCAUUUGAAGGUCACCUGAAUGCCUUCUUGGUUGGCAAGAAUGGAUCGAGCGGCAGAGCGGCCCCUGUCUCCAGUUCCGGACGACCUCUAGGCCAGGGAGAUGCCUGUUUCACUCAAGAUGGGCGCUUUGUUGUUGGUGGAGCAGGCGACAAGAAUGAAGUUCUCGUUUGGGAUACCCAGCAGAAACCAGACUCUGGACAAUACUUGCAGCCGUUGACCAGCCUGACUUCCAGAGGACGUACCGCUGUCAUCGAGAUUAAUCCAAGAUACAACAUGAUGGCAACCGCGGAUAAAGACAUUCUGUUCUGGCUGCCAGACGACGGAGUCAAAACUUCGUAG